AUGUCUCACUCUCAGCACUCACAGCGAGGCGCCCACGGCCGCGCCAUGAGCUCAGAAGAGAAGAGCUCUGUGAUGGUCAACAAGACCUCCACACCAGUGCACAAGAGCGCUUCAUCUUCAUCCUCGUCCCAGCGCGACAGCCGGCAGGAGACAGACAGCUGGGAAAUCAUCGAGGGGCUGAAAAUCGGUCAGAGCAACGUCCAGAGGCCAGAUAAACACGAAGGGUUUAUGCUGAAGAAGCGAAAAUGGCCUCUGAAAGGCUGGCACAAGCGAUUUUUUGUUUUGGACAAUGGUAUCCUGAAGUACUCCAAGUCCCCCAUUGAUAUCCAGAAAGGCAAACUGCAUGGCAGCAUCGACGUAGGCCUCUCUGUGAUGUCCAUCAAAAAGAAGGCUCGUCGUAUUGACCUGGACACUGAGGAGCAUAUCUAUCACCUCAAGGUCAAACCGCAAGAAAUUUUUGACGCAUGGGUGUCCAAGUUGCGACAUCAUCGUCUUUACCGACAAAACGAGAUCGUACGAUCUCCUCGGGACGCCUCUAUGCGGUUGUUCCCCCCAUCAGUGGUUGCAGAGUCGCCACAAACUGCUUCAAAUAUUGGACAUGACGCCAAGCAAUCUAAACCGUGUGGGUUGCCAUGGCAAACACCAGUCCCUACCAGCAGCAGCCUGCCUGUCUCCUACAGCAACGGUCAAAGCAAGGUGGCUGCUUGGCUGCAGGAAUCCGAAGAGAUGGACAAAUGUGCAGAAGAUCUUGCAAGAUGCCAGUCCAACCUGACCGAGUUGAGUGGUCUGUUGCAGAGUUUGGAGAUUCUACAGAGGACUCAAUCGGCACCCAACUUUGCAGAUAUACAGACUGCUUGUGUAGAAUUGUCAAAGAAAGAGAAACGUUUGAACAGAAGAUGGAGGACAAAAAGUGUCGGCAAAGAUGCCAAAUUCCAGCUUCAGGUCCCGCUGUCAUCCAGUAUGUCGCCUGUCCGCCUCCACUCAUCCAACCCUAACCUCUGCGCCGAGAUAGGGGACUUUCAAGCUCCCGUCUCUCGGUUGGCGGACAGCGUAGAGUGUACCAGUGACUACAUUAAACUGCAGGAGGAAUUCUGCACUAUUGCCCAAAAAGUCCACACACUGCUCAAGUCGGCCUUCAAUACAGUAGCCAUAGAGAAAGAAAAGAUCAAGCAGAUUCUGUCUGACCAGGACCAGACCGACCAAUCAUCGCAGAUCUACUCCCUCAGGAAGUCUCUGUCACAGGCCGUGUCCCAAAAUGCAGAACUUCGAAGCCGACUCAACCGCAUCCACUCCGAGUCUGUCCUGUCAGAACAAGUCGUGAGUGUGAAUAUCAUCUCCACUCCUGACGAGGUAGGCAACUGUGUUCAUAUGGGGAUCCCACUGACUCAGCAAGCAUCUAAUGAGAGCCGACUCUCCAUGUCGGAGUCCGUCUCUGAGUUCUUUGAUGCCCAGGAAGUGCUCCUGUCUGCCAGCUCGUCAGAGAAUGAGGGCUCAGACGAUGAGUCAUACGUCAGUGAUGUGAGCGAUAACAUCUCUGAGGACAACGCCAGCGUGACCGAUAAUGUCUCCAGACAAAUGGCCAACGGAGACUUCGCCGGGUGCGCCUUCCGCAACGGGCGACGCAUCUGUCUCCCGGCGCCUUGUCCCGACACCGGCAACAUCAACCUGUGGAAUAUCUUGCGGAACAACAUCGGCAAAGACCUGUCCAAAGUGUCCAUGCCAGUGGAGCUUAAUGAGCCUCUUAACACGCUUCAGCGCAUGUGUGAAGAGCUGGAGUACAGCGAGCUGCUUGACAAAGCUGCUGAAACGGAGGAUCCCUUUGAACGCAUGGUUCUGGUCGCUGCCUUCGCCGUCUCAGGAUACUCAUCCACCUACUACAGAGCAGGAAGUAAGCCAUUCAACCCGCUCCUUGGAGAGACGUACGAAUGUAUAAGAGAAGACAAGGGCUUCUGCUUUUUCUCUGAACAGGUGAGCCAUCACCCUCCCAUCUCUGCCUGUCACUGUGAGUCCAAGAACUUCACCUUCUGGCAAGAUGUAAGAUGGAAAAACAAAUUCUGGGGAAAAUCAAUGGAGAUAUUGCCAGUGGGGACAGUGAGCCUCGUGAUUCCAAGGUUUGCAGAUCACUACGAAUGGAACAAAGUCACCACGUGCGUGCACAACAUCCUCAGCGGCCGGCGUUGGAUCGAACACUAUGGCGAGAUCACCAUCAGAAACACAAAAAGCAGCGCUUGCCUUUGCAAACUCACCUUUGUCAAGGGGAACUACUGGAGUUCUAAUGUGAACGAGAUCCAAGGAUUUGUGAUGGACCAAGAAGGGAAAGUUAUCCACAGGCUUUUUGGAAAAUGGCACGAGGGGCUAUACUGCGGCGUACCACCAUCUGCCAAAUGUAUCUGGAGGCCAGGCUCCAUGCCGACAAACUACGAGCUGUACUACGGCUUCACCAGGUUCGCCACUGAACUCAACGAGCUUUGUCCAGAGUUGAAAGACGUCUUGCCGCGAACGGACGCACGGUUCAGACCAGAUCAAAGGCACCUUGAAGAGGGAAACUUGGAGCUGGCCGCCUCCGAGAAGCAGCGAAUCGAAGACCUGCAGAGGUCCAGGAGGAAGUGGAAUGAAGAGAAUAAUGUCAAACAGGAGCCUUGUUUCUUCAAGAAGGUGGUUGACGCUAAUCACAGAGAACGAUGGGUCUCCAACAACACAUACUGGGAGCUACGGAAAAAUCCCGGAUUUAUCAACAUGGAACCGACAAUGAGCCUGUGGUAG